ACGCACAGUUGUGGUGUCCGUCACAGAAAUCCCAUCCGUGUCACCGGAACUUGGACUCGUGCGGGAAGUGGAUGCUCUAUCCUCUCAGCAACUCGACUCACCCAUGAUUGACGGUCGGUCGCGGCCGCAACGCGCAUUGACCAUUACCCUCGAUGAUGACGAAGAAUUUGCAGCAGCCGAAGAUACACCCAUUAAUCUAGUCAACUCGCCGAACAUGCCGCUUUUCUACCCAGACUCUGAGAGCGGCUCCUCCCCUGUGCUCGGGCUUGAUGCGACGAUCCGUGAUGAUCUUGGUCCUCAGGCUAUGACUGGUGAUACUCCCGGCCGACUCCAGCUCAACCAGAAUGCUCAGCUGCGUCAUCCUGUCGAACAUCAACUUCUUGCUUCGCCCAACGCAGCCGAGAAGGAAACGCAAUCUUACUCUGCCGGGAAUCAACGUCUCGCUUCCUUGGGAACUUAUCAUGCUGUCUCUGGUUCUGUGUCCUCGGCGACUGCUACCUCUCAGGCUCUGACUUCCGUUCGUUCAUACGCCUACCCCGAGUUUGAGAACCUCCGACUGAAACUCGCGGAAUCGGAGAUCGAGAACAAGAAGAUCAACGAUAUUCUGGCAGCGCGUGAGGCCGUCAUCAGAGAUCUCGAGGAGGAGGGAGCGCAGCGCAGGAGAGACGGUCGAACGCUGACCAUGCGGUUGAUCGGUGCGUCCCCAUUCAAUUUUUCAGUGGCAGAGUCUUAGAGCUGGGCGGGUAGAGGCUGAGUGGCAGAUCGAUAUAUUGCGCGCUGAGGAGGAAUACAGCGCUCGUUGUUUCGGCUACCUCGCUGGCGAAUUCCAGAAGGUUGCCCCGGAGAGGCACGGUACGUCGAGUCUCACUGUCGCUGGCUUAGUCUUUCGUUGAACGAAAGACUGAUUGGACAUGGAUGGUACUAACUUGGGACCUGUUCGUAGCUCUGAUAAUCCCCAUUCUAAUCGACAGCUCUCUGGAUGACUAAUAGUCUCGGUGAACUGGGAAGGCAUGGUUUAUCGGGGAUCACAUACUAUAUCUCAUUCCCUUGGACGAUGUUGUUGUGACUCUAUUCCAUGUGUUUGUAUCUUGUAUAUCGUUAGCAAUCGUAGCCCAGAGCGGAA